AUGUUUGGGUUUUCGUCCAAACGCCAGAGGGAACACGGGGAGCUAGCUGAUGUCGACAGCAAUGCAUGCCAUGAGAGAAAGAAACUCUGCCCUCUGCCUUUACGUGCCUCCCCCAAUGCAUCCCAGAAGCCCUCCUUCAUCGAAACCCACCACAUUGCUUCUAGAACCGGCUUAUCCACCAUAACCCCCGUCGAGUCUUCCGAUGACGACGACGAUAAUGAUGCUGGAUGCCAGGAGUGUAAUCUCACGGACCGACUUCCUCGGUCAACCUCGCAGUCGCAUACGCUAAGAACGGGAAUGGAGAUCGAUAGCGGAGGAGAUACUUUCCCCUCGGUAUGGGCAGUCACCGCAAACCACAAUGGCGCCAUUCAACCCUCGCCAAUACCCAACAGUCUGGUGAACCAGUCGCUCACCAUCACCGAGCGACAUGACAUGAAUAUGGGCGAGCGGGACUCUCUAAACCCCGCAUACCAUCAUGAACCAAACCCCGAGAAGGUACAGGACCCUGCAUCGUGGCAGGACCAGCGUCUUCCAAGCCCAGUCAGUGAAUCGGAAGAUGGCCUUCUGAGCAGCAUGAAUUCAGUUAGCGAUGUCGACAUGGCCUGCAGUAUAUCUCACACUGCGUCUUCGCCUCCCGCUGAUAGAGCUAGUUUAUGGCAGUCAUCUGCCCAUCUGCAUCCGCGGCCUAACCCUGUUGCAAAGCCCCGUAACAAGAAGGCCACCCUUUCCAUGGGAUUCCGUGCAGAUUGCGAGAAAUGCCAUCAAAAAGUCCCGGGGCAUUACAGCCAUAUAAUCCGCUCAUGA